UGAUUUCUUCAUCCAUUUCUUUUAAUUCAAUCCGUAAAUAUUUCAGUUUUUUUUUGCCUUUUUGGUUUACUCUUCAUUGUCUCGAUUCAUUGAUUUUAUUUCUUGAUAUCCGCUGAGGAAAGAAAAUUAAACCUUUGAAUUAUCGUCCUUGAUUUCAUCGAAAUCGAAUAUCAAGAGAUAUCAGCACAAUGACGAAAAGCAGCUUCAAGAUUGAGCAUGACUUUGAAAAAAGGCGUGCUGAGGCUGCAAGAAUUAGGGAAAAAUACCCAGAUAGAAUCCCAGUGAUUGUGGAGAAGGCAGAGAGAAGUGAUAUUCCUAACAUCGACAAGAAAAAAUACCUAGUCCCAGCUGAUUUGACAGUGGGUCAGUUUGUCUAUGUAAUCCGAAAGAGAAUUAAACUGAGUGCUGAAAAGGCAAUCUUCAUAUUUGUGGACAGUGUCCUCCCUCCAACGGGAGCGAUAAUGUCCACCAUCUAUGAUGAAAAGAAGGAUGAAGAUGGGUUUCUGUAUGUUACAUACAGUGGGGAAAAUACAUUUGGCUAGCAGAUCAUGCAGUGGCCUUGUUAUUAUGAUUAUCUCGCCCUUUCCAUUAAAUAAUUAAAUAAUUGUGGCAUAAUGCCUAAUUUGUGACCCUCUCUGUCGUUACGUGUAUAGUUUCUCUGUAUAUAGCUUCUCAGCAGACUAACAUGUCAGACCAAUGAGAAUUUAAAAUUCAUUGAAGUGUGUUAUAUUUCCUGCAUUGGCCAUUGUCGAUUUGCAAGAUGAUCUGUUGAAAUAACAGAAGUUGACAAUUUGGAAGUGUU